AUGUUGCUAAUGUUGCUAAUUUCACCAUUCUUCUUCUGGGGAUCGUCAAUGGUGGCAAUGAAGGACGUGCUACCAAAGGCAGGUCCCAUGUUCGUCGCCUCUAUCCGCCUCAUCCCAGCCGGUCUGCUCCUUGUCGCCUUCGCUGCCAGCCGCGGCCGCCCCAUGCCCAAGUCCGCCCUUGCGUGGCUCUCCAUCCUCCUCUUCGCCCUCGUAGAUGCCACAGCCUUCCAGCCGACCAUGCCCAAGUCCGCCCUUGCGUGGUUCUCCAUCCUCCUCUUCGCCCUCGUCGACGCCACAGCCUUCCAGGUCAUCAUUGACUCUCAGCCGCUCACAGUGGCUGUGCUUGCAGCCCUUCUAUUUGGCGAGACCAUUUCCAAGAAAGGGGCGCUGGGGCUUGUGCUGGGGGUUGUGGGCUUGCUGCUGCUUGAGAGAUACCAUUUCCAGGACAGGGGCGCUGGGGCUUGUGCUGGGGGUUGUUGGCUUACUGCUGCUCGAGGUCCCUCUGGAUGCACUUCUCUCCUUCGCUUCCUCUCUCUCCGCGUCUUCCAGCCAAUCAAUGCUGCUGCUUCUUCCCAUUCCCCAUGCACUUCCGUUCUGUUUCCCAUGCACCUGCUUCUCACCGUUCCUCUUUCACCUACCGCCCUUCAAUCCAGUGGUUUCCAUGUUACUGGCAUUUCUCGCCCCUCUCAUUCCUCUCAUUCCUUUCACUCCUCCCGCUCUUCUCACUCAUCUAACCCCACCUACUCCUCUCAGUCUGCUCACUCCCCCCACGCAUCUCACGCCUCUUCCAUACCUCUCCCCUCUGACCAGCCAUCGGUACAGUCAUGCACAUGGUGCUGGGAGGCAUUCCUCUCCUCUAUCUUUCCUUCCAGCAGCACGAUCCAGCAGUCUCUGGUGGCCUUGCUGACCUUUCCCUGA